ACCACAAAGGCACAAGCCCUCCUCUCCUCCUUCCCCAACACCCAGAUUUCUGCCUUGACUUUCCUGCAGCAGCAGCAGCUUCUCCUUCUUGCCAUGGCCAGCAAGUUGAGGCAAGUCAGCAGGAGUGACCAGCAACUCUUGAUGACUGAUCCCCAGAUGAUCAGAAUUGAUCCCCAGCUCACCAGGAGUGACCAACAACUCUUCAUGACUGAUCCCCAGAUGAUCAGAAUUGAUCCCCAGUUCACCAGGAGUGACCAGCAACUCUUCAUGACUGAUCCCCAGAUGAUCAGAAUCGAUCCCCAGCUCACCAGGAGUGACCAGCAACUCAUCAUGACUGAUCCCCAGAUGAUCAGAACCGAUCCCCAUCUCACCAGGAGUGACCAGCAACUCAUCAUGACUGAUCCCCAGAUUAUCAGAACCGAUCCCCAGCUCACCAGGAGUGACCAGCAACUCGUCAUGACUGAUCCCCAGAAGAUCAUCAGAACCGAUCCCCAGCUCACCAGGAGUGACCACCAACUCAUCAGGACAGAUCCUCAGAUGAUUAGAGCUAAUCCACUGCAGCUGCAUGGAUGGAAUGCCCCAGCAAUGGUCGACCCUAGCAAGUACAUGCCGGCCGCUGCGGCUUCCGCCCAGCAACUGGUGAUGAGAGGUACCGGUGACCGGAGCAUGUUCCUGGCGUCCGAGGACAGCUCCAUGAUGAACCAAAUUCAGGAAAUCCAUCACCCAGACGCCCAUGAAAUAGACGUCAAACCUCUUCUUCAACUUGUUGAGGAUAUCCUUAGCCGCGCCUCCAUGUUCCCUACUCAGGAGAUGAUUGUGCCGGGCAUGGACAGAAGCCAGGUGGAACAGGUGGAGGACAAAUCCAAUCAUGCAGUGGUCAUUGCCAUGCUCAAGGGGCUGGCCGACGUCGUUGAUCGGAUCUCGAUCCAGAUAUCAUUUAGCUCUUUCUCUGGCAUAGACGGACAUGAAACGACCGUCUCUCUACUUAAGAUGCUAGCCAGCCAUCCAUGGGAUGCUAAGCUUGUGCUAACCUUAGCGGCCUUUGCUUUGAACCACGGAGAAUUCUGGCUCCUCGCCCAGAUUUACUCAUCAAACCAACUCGCCAAAUCAGUGGCAAUUCUUAGACAAUUGCCGGUGAUCAUGGAGCACUCCGGCACACUGAAACCCCGGCUUGAUGCGCUUAACGUUCUGAUUAAGGCCAUCUUGAACUUAGCCAGGUGCGUUUCGGCUUUCAAGGGGCUACCGCCGAAAUAUGUUACACAGGAUGUGCCCGCCAUGUCCGCCGCUAUGGCCACCAUGCCAACCGCCGUCUACUGGUCCAUCAGAAGCAUCCUCGCUUGUGCUGCACAGAUUGCUAGCCUCACUAGCAUGGGCCAUGGGUAUUUAGGAACCACCAAAGAGUCAUUGGAGCUGGCGACCUUGGCUUCUAAGAUCAACAACAUACAUGACCAUCUUCAGAAACUACUAAAUAUUUGUUACAGUCUCGUGGAGGAAAAGAGAGACGCCGAAUCUUUUGAGUCAUUGGUGCACAUCUUGGACGCGAUCCACAUAGAUAACAUGAAUGUUCUUAAGGCAUUGAUUGACCCAAAGGACGACAUUUUACCACUUUAUGAUGGAAGUGAUAAAAGAAGGGUUAGUCUUGAAGUUCUGAGGGGGAAGAACGUGUUGCUACUCAUAUCAGGGCUUCAAAUCUCUCAAGACGAGCUUUCAAUUCUCGAGCGGAUUUACAUGGAGUCUCGAACACUUGGAGGGAGGAUGGACACUCUAUACGAGGUCGUGUGGAUCCCGAUUGUGGAUCACUCUUUGCAGGGAAUGGAUUCUAUCCAAAAGAAGUUCGAGAGCCUGCAAUCCACAAUGCCUUGGUACACAGUGCACCACCCUUCCGUGAUCAAUCGAGGUGUGAUCAAGUUCGUGAGGCAGAAGUGGCACUUUAGGAACAAGCCUAUCCUGGUGGUUCUCAACCCGCAAGGAAGAGUGGUGAGCCCCAAUGCCAUCCGGAUGAUGUGGAUUUGGAGAAGCAACGCCUUUCCUCUCACCAGUUUCAGGGAAGAAGAGCUUUGGAAGGAGGAGACAUGGAGGCUUGAGUUGCUCGUUGAUGGCAUCGACCAAACAAUUCUCGACUGGAUCAAAGGGGGAAAAUACGUAUUCAUGUAUGGAGGGGAAGACAUUGAGUGGAUCCGGAGGUUCACAACCAGAGCAAAGGCGGUGGCGGAAACUGUUGGAAUACAACUACAGAUGGUAUACGUCGGAAAGAGUCACAAGAAGGAACAAGUCCGGCGAGUGACCACCAUCAUUAAAGCGGAGGAUUUGAGCUACACAUUGCCGGAGAUGAUGGUAUGGUUCUUCUGGACCCGGUUGGAGAGCAUGCUCUUCUCCAAGAUUCAGCUCGGGAAAAUCGACGAACACGACCAAAUGAUGCAAGAGAUAAGUAAGCUUCUUAGCUACGACCAGAGCGGAGGCUGGGCCAUGCUCAGCCGGGGAUCGGAGGUCGUCGUCAACGGCCAUUUCACCACCAUGAUGUCCACCGUGGCGGAGUUCGACGAAUGGAAGCAUCGUGUGGAACGAGAUGGGUUUCUUGAGUCGUUCAACGGUUACCAUAGCACGCUUGUGAUGGAUACUCGUCCUUGCAGCCGCUUCGAGUUCCCGAUCACCGCCGGGAGGAACCCGGAGAAUCUGAAAUGCCCCAGGUGCCAGCUCUUCAUGGAGAAAUUCCUCACCUUUAUUUGCUGGCACGACGAAGAUGCCAUAGCAGCUCUUUACUGAUGAUAUGAGUAAAGCCUUUGCCUUACUAUUACUAUAUAUACAACCAUAUAUAAUAAGAUUUGCGUGUGAAAUGUAACACCAAGUCCCCCACUUCUUUGUACUCCCUGUUUGGAUAGCUAUAGGCUUGGUUUUUGAGUAAGCCCAACCCUUUAGGGCUUGCUCAAAAAUGUCGGCUUCUUCUUCUCGUUUUUCAUCCCAUGUAUUAUCACUUUUAAUGUGGUGAAGUUUUUGUUAUGAAUAAUUAAUUUGAUGAUGAUUGUUUUUAUGUCAAA